AUGGCGAAUCUUAAAAGCUCAGCUGCUAAAGGAUUCGAAGAGAUUUUAACCAAAGAUCCACUUCGUGUCGAAGCUUAUCACGGUUUGGUAAUGGCUUACUCUGAUUCCGAAUCGAAAUUAUCAGAGCUUGAAGUUAGAAUCAAUGUAGCUAUAGAGAAAUGCAAAAAGGAAGAUAAGAGGAAAGAGUUUAGAGAUUUCAUGCUUUUGAUUGCUCAGAUUAAGGUUAUAGAAGGGAAUCCAGUUGAAGCAAUUAGGGUUUAUCAGGAGUUAGUGAAAGAUGAACCUAGAGAUUUUAGGCCAUAUCUAUGUCAAGGUUUGAUUUAUACGUUGAUGAAGAAGAAAGAUGAAGCGGAGAAGCAAUUCGAGCAGUUUCGAAGAUUGGUUCCUGAGAAUCAUCCGUAUAAAGAGUAUUUUGAUGCUAAUGUGCUCGAUACUAACAAGCUUUUCGCAAAGAAUCGGUGA